AUGACGGUUUCACAGUUCUCGAAUGGAAAUGGCACAACACCUAAGCCAACUGGAAUCAAGGUUGUGGUUGUCGGAGCAGGAUUUGGUGGAUUAACCGCUGCUAUCGAGUGUCACCGACAAGGACAUACUGUAGAAAUAUACGAGUCAUUUCCAGAGCUCAAGUCGCUUGGUGAUAUUAUUUCCUUCGGUCCCAAUGCAGGACGUAUCUACCGUCGUUGGUCAAAUGGAAAAGUCGCAGAUCGCCUAAAGCCGCUCAGUAUCAACCUUGAGAAUCAUGGGUUCAAGAUCCAUAAAUGGACUGGGGAACUAGUUCACACACAACACGCACAUCAGCAUGAUCCUGAUGCACCUGUAUUUAACGGCCAUCGCGGCGAGCUGCAUACAAUUGUUUUUAAUUAUGCGAAGAAUGAGCUGGGGAUUCCAAUUUACCUUGGUCAAAGAGUCACCCAAUAUUUCGAAGAUGAAAAUCAAGCAGGUAUCAUUCUGGAGGAUGAAUCAAAGGUCACUGCAGAUGUCAUUAUUGGUGCAGAUGGCGUUCGUUCCAAGGCGCGAGAGCUUGUUUUGGGCUACUUUGACAAACCAAAGUCCAGCGGUUACGCUGUGUUUCGAGCCUGGUUCUCAAACGUGGACAUGGUUAAAGAUCCUCGGACAAAGCACUUUUGUGAGAAUGGCGACACGUUCAAUGGCUGGAUUGGACCUGACGUACAUUUCCUCUUCUCUACCAUCAAGAAUGGGCAGGACUGUUGCUGGGUUCUCACGCAUAAGGAUGAGGCUGACAUCGAAGAGUCAUGGUCUUUUCCCGGAAAACUUGAAGAUGUUUAUAAAGUGAUUGAAGGCUGGGAUCCUAUUUGCAAGGCCAUUGUCGAGAAGACCCCUUCAAUAGUCGACUGGAAACUUGUAUAUCGUGACCCACUGCCUCGAUGGGUAAGUGAGCACGGACGUAUCGCACUUCUUGGAGACUCCGCGCAUCCUUUCCUCCCGACAUCCGCUCAAGGUGCGACACAGGCAAUGGAAGAUGGGGUUGUACUUGCUGUGUGCUUGAAGCGGGGUGGGAAAGCGAACAUCCCCGAUGCAGUGCGCGCUUACCAAGACAUUCGAUACGAGCGUGUCAGAGCUGUUCAGAAAACAGGAGAAACAACUCGUGAUAUGUGGCAUAAAGCCGACUGGGAAAAGGUAGCGAAAGAUCCUAAGUCAAUUCAAUUGCCUCGGGAAGACUGGAUUUUCCAUUUUGAUGCUGAGAAAGAUGCCGAAGAAACUUUCGACAAGGUGUUUCAGAGGAUUCAAGGAUAA